AUGGCGUCGGGGUGGGGAAUUACAGGCAACAAGGGUCGCUGUUACGAUUUCUGGAUGGAUUUCAGCGAAUGCAUGUCUCGCUGCCGAGAGCCCAAGGACUGUGCUCUUCUCCGCGAAGACUACCUCGAGUGCCUCCACCAUUCCAAAGAGUUUCAACGACGAAACCGGAUUUACAAGGAGGAGCAGCGCAAAAUAAGGGCUGCUGCCAGGAAAGGCAAGGAUGAUGGGGUUGUUAAUGAACAUCAUUAG